AUGCCAGGGAAUCUCUUGGCAAUGGGAAUACAGCAUAUUCGCUUUCAAUCGACAAUUACGCAUACAAUUAAAGUCCAAGAAAAAAUCAAAGAAAUGCGAGUGAAAGCAAAGCUUGGUGGAGGAGAAAAACGAAUCGAUUCACAGCAUAAAAGAGGCAAAUUAACAGCUCGUGAACGUGUACAUCUCUUGCUUGAUCCUGGAUCCUUCAAAGAAUAUGAUAUGUUCGUUGAGCAUCGGUGUCAAGAUUUCGGCAUGGAAAAUGAAAAGUAUCCCGGUGAUAGCGUUGUCACAGGUCGCGGAACUAUUUCCGGUCGAACUACUUUCGUAUUCUCCCAAGAUUUCACUGUAUUUGGAGGCAGUUUGUCAUCGGUGCAUGCUGAAAAAAUCUGCAAAAUUAUGAAGGCUGCACUUGAAGUUGGGGCUCCCGUCAUUGGAUUAAACGACUCUGGUGGUGCUCGUAUCCAAGAAGGUGUGGAUUCUCUCGCCGGAUAUGCGCAUAUUUUCCAAGCGAAUGUUAUGUCAUCUGGUGUUAUACCUCAAAUAUCCCUCAUUAUGGGACCAUGUGCUGGUGGUGCGGUAUACUCCCCAGCUCUUACAGAUUUUACGUUCAUGGUGCGCGACACUUCGUACCUCUUUAUUACUGGACCUGAUGUGGUGAAAGCAGUGACAAAUGAAGAGGUUACACAAGAAGAAUUGGGUGGUUCAAAAACACAUACGGUCACAUCUGGUGUCGCCCAUGGUGCUUUCGACAAUGAUGUCGACGCAUUAUUAAACAUUCGUGAAUUAUUCAAUUAUCUACCUCUUUCAAAUCGUGAUCCAGCACCAGUUCGUGCAUGUGAAGAUCCUUGGGACCGUGAUGUUCCAAGUUUGGAGACUGUUGUACCUUUGGAGAGUACGGCUGCGUAUAAUAUGUUAGAUGUUAUUCAUGCUUUGGUUGAUGAGGGAGAUUUCUUUGAAAUAAUGCCGGAUUAUGCAAAAAAUAUUGUCGUAGGUUUUGCUCGUAUGAACGGACGAACUAUUGGUGUCGUCGGAAACAAUCCAAAAUAUGCUGCAGGUUGUCUUGAUAUAAAUUCUUCCGUAAAAGGUGCACGAUUUGUGAGAUUUUGUGAUGCAUUCAACAUUCCUCUUGUAACACUUGUUGACGUUCCUGGAUUCCUACCCGGAACAGCUCAAGAAUAUGGCGGUAUUAUUCGUCAUGGAGCUAAACUGAUCUACGCAUAUGCAGAAGCUACUGUACCUAAGAUUACCGUUAUUACGAGAAAGGCUUUUGGUGGCGCUUAUGAUGUAAUGUCUUCAAAACAUCUUCGUGGCGAUAUAAAUUAUGCUUGGCCAACUGCAGAAGUUGCCGUCAUGGGUGCUAAGGGUGCUGUUAGUAUCUUAUAUCGCGGUGAUAAAACCAAUGUACAAAAGCACGAAGAAGACUAUAUCAAUCUUUUCAGUAAUCCUUUCCCAGCCGCUGUCAGAGGUUUUGUCGACGACAUAAUUGAUCCUCAUACAACUCGUAAACGUAUUUGCCUUGAUUUAAAUCUACUCGAAUCGAAAAAACUAACGAAUCCAUCAAAAAAGCAUGGAAAUAUACCUCUAUAA